UAAUAUAUAUAAUAUGGUAGUAAUGGAAGGCUUAUUAUGUAGCGGUAGGUGGGGAAGGAACCUCUCAAGCUGCCCGCGGUUGCCUCUUACUUAGAGAGGCGAGAAGUGGGAGUCGGAUCUACCCCUCAUCCGUCAUUAGCUGCUUCCACUCGCUCACCUUGAACCAUCGCAACUCACCAAACAACAACUCGCGCGUGAUGACACUCAUCACUCGUUCACGCCUUUAUCAAUCAGCCCGGCUCUACGGGCAAAGCGAUGUAAAGCCUUUCUCUCAUUCUCCUUCGUGAUGCGACCGUCCAUCUUCCGUCUAUAUCCACCCCCGCUGCAGCAUCCUCAGCAUUCCACUUCUCUCUAGUUAGACAACGCAACCUGCGCAACUGGACCACUGCCUUGCAAGGCCGAUAUCUUCGGAAAAUACGUGCUUCUGUGCCUCCGACAACAUCAUCAAACAUGAUCGAGGCGCCACAGCGGCUACGUCGUGCCGUACAUAGCAACGAUGCCUCGCUUGUUCAGCGCAUCAUCAAUUCUCAUCCAGACCUCAUCCACAACCCCGACCACUCCGCCGACGGCCUCUCCAACUCGAAUCUCCAUCUCGCCGCCAGUCUAGGACAUCUCCAGGUGUGCAGGGUCCUCGUCGCCCUCGACCACGAGAAGCCCACCCCUGCCCUCAACGACAAUCACCAGACCGCCCUGAUGCUUGCUGCCGGUGCCGGCCAUACCGAAGUCGUCCAUUUCCUUGCCGAGAACGACCCCGCCACCAUACUACGUCGUGAUAUACGAGGCAAAGAUGCUAUCAUGGAGGCUAGCAUGGGUGGUCACGACACGGUUCUUCAGAUUCUCCUCACCUAUGUUCCCGACGGUGCCGAGUCGGCUGUCAAGAAUGCCGAUGUUGAUGGCAACACGGCCCUCCAUUUCGCCAGCAGUAACGGCCACUUGCUCGUAUUACGGACCCUCCUCGCCGCUGGUGCUGACGCCGACAAGAAGAAUAUUUGGAGCUGGAGUGCCGUUGCCUACAGCGCGACUGUCCAAGCUGAAGUCUAUUUCAAGAACCUCGUGGUUGAGGUCGAGAAGCGAAGGCACAUUAAGAAUAAGGCUGAAGAAGGACGGAAGGGAGGUGCAGUAAGACUAGUCGAUCAAGAAACGUUGUCUUCAGGUUGAUUGAGUGGUGUACGGGUGACACGCAUUUCUAUUCAACUUUGAUGCUCACACAUCCUAUAACUAUACCCCUCGGAUUGUUAAACCUGUAAGUAUGGUAUUUCUUCAGGAGCUCGCAAAUUGGUAGCAUAGGAAGUUUGUUUGCUUGAUUGGAUAUCACGGAGCCCCGUGCGGGGUGUGACGAUGAUUCACCCACAAUGGAAAUUUUAGGCUGCAGCUCUAUUCGCGCUGUUCCCAAACCACCGGGUCUCACC